AUGAUCCAUGUGCCUGUGGUCCUGCUCAGCGUCGUGAGUUUGGUGAGAGCUGGCCCGGAUUGGUUGGAAUCGGAGCAACAAAAUCUCCUCCAGCUGGCACAGAACCACUCAACCCCGAAGUCUGGAUCUGCACAGGACAUCAUCGACAAGCACUUCGCUGGCAUUCCUGCAGGCGGAGGCUAUGUGCGCUCCAACCUCAUCAGCCAGGAUGAAACAGAAGACCCGGGUCGGAGUUUCAAGACCGCAGCCUGGGCAUGCUCGUCCAUCGAUUUUACAAGCUUCCGUGGCACCGGGGUGGACAAAGGGGUGGGGGUGAAGCUGAUUAUGGACAAUCUGGACCCCACAUGCCGAGCUUUCUGGGCAGCGAUGAAUGCUCACCUGGAGCUCCAACAGUUGGGAUUCGAUCCGGUCUUCAAGCGUAUGGCCGUCGUGAACUGGUAUGCGAACAGGCCUGGUCAUUUCCCUUCGUGGGGAAGCGGCGACGGCGUCACCGUGAAGUACUCCGGCGGGAAGUUUGAGAGCGUGACCAUCAAUGACCCGAAUGCAGUCUCUGGCUACGCUUUCUGCGACAUCAUGUACACAAUCCUUCGUCAGAACUUCGACCAAGCGGGCCGCGGACAGUGUUCACCAACGGCAGUUUUGACAGCUAAGGCAAGCACCAACCCGGCCGGUGCGAUGAAGAUGGGUCUUGAAUUGUUCUGGACGGGCACCAUCAAUGGAACCCCGAAAAACGAGGGGUGUCCGUUUAUCUAUUCAGACACGCCGCCUGGGGUGAUUCCAUUUGCAGAGAAUCAACCAGGUACCGAGGGAUCUGAUGGUCAGCCCUUAUCCAUCGGAUCUGAUGGGUGCUCUGGGAAUUCGGCUGAUUGCCAGGUUGCCGAAGGUAGUCCCUUUACGAACGCAGGCUUACAGGGCAUGUUUGCCAUCCGCAUGAGUGCUCGGAGGGACUUCUUGUCGUCAGGGCGCAGUUGCGCUGAAGAUGAUCAUCAUGCAUAUGUGAGUUAUCCUGGAAUGGGACCCCGCUUUCGGAAGCUUGCAGAUGGUUUCUACCCGGACCAGAUCGCCAGUGUGAUGAAUGCUGCCUUCGGAAGAUGGUUCAACAUCCGUACUGAGUAUGUCGAAGCAAACCGACCCUCGGAGAAGGCGGCCCUCAACAAGAUAUGUUCGUCGAAAGGAGGAGCCGUUGUCUUAAUUCCCUCCACUCUUUUGUCGGCCGUUUUAUGGGACGAACGUGGAGGUGGAAUUGGCAUGACCGAAGAGAAUCCAUGGCGCCAAGAUGGUGCCACAUACCAGUGUGGCGAUUACAUCAAUGACGAGGAAAAUUUCAACAACGAUCCGGACCACUCGGUCUACAUCGACAAAUGUACUGGAGAUGUGGUGUCGAUGUGGUCAUGGACGGGCCGAUUCUACUUCACUCGGAAAGCUUUGCUUUUUUGGGGGGGCGGGGGCUGUCACGAGAGAUGGCUUGCUAUUUAUGACUUCCAUCUGGUACCAGGACCCGAAGAAACGCUCGCUUAA